AUGUUUAUAUUAUUCAACAGGUCCUUGACGGUCAGCCCACCUCAUGUAUGGGAGGUUGUAAGCAGAAUGAGUGAUGUUCCGCUUGUUGAGUUGUCCUCUUCCACUGGUUAUUUGAAAGAACAAGCCUGCUGCCUGACGAAGAAGAGGCUGGUGGGCCUGGACAGCACGAUUGAUGGAAUCUUUGAAGCUUUAGCAGCCUCCUGCACGAAUUCGGGCCGAGCGGGGGCCAGGCCCAGGGGUUUAUUCCUCCUCGUGGGCCGAUGUGGGUCCGGCAUCACAGAGAUUGCUAAGGCCGUUGCGCAACAUUGGUAUGGAGACGCGAGCAGGCUUGUGGAGAUUGAGAUGUGCAAGUAUUACGAUGGAAACCCAAGUGGAAUGGAAACAAGGGAUCCCGAGUCGUGGCCAAGAACCAAGGCAAGCCUCGAGCUUUUCUUGAGCCGUCUCUCGGAGGUGGUGAGGAAACGGCCCUAUUCGGUGAUUCUUCUGGAUGGAAUAUAUAGAGCGGGCUUUUGUGUUAAGGGUCUACUCCAAGUUCUACGUGGUGAUGCACCAACUGGAGUUGACUUUUCCAAGUGUAUUAUUUUCAUGGCGGCAAGACGGGGGCGUUUUGGGUAUGGGCUUAACGUGAACUGUACAUGCUUUGGCGAAAGACCACAACUCGAGGAGGCAUUCGAGCGCGAUCCAGCAGGAUUCGAGAGGGCCCACGACUGUUUGCCGAAACUUUUGGAAGAUGCUCUGUCCAUGGUAUGUACAAAUUUGUUCAUCUCUUUUAUUCUUACAUGCAUUGUAAUCGACUUAUAUUUGCAGGGAAGACAUUUAAUUGGGUCCGAGCUGUUUGACUCUAUGGUGGAUAGAGCUUUUGCUGUGGAUGUUAGGCACAAUGAGAAGGCUGUUUGUAGAAUGCUUCUUAGGGAGAUGGUUGGAGAAGUUGGUGAGGGAAGGAUUCUCGUGCAUAUCUCAGAUGCUGCUUUGAACGCCAUUCUUUGGAAAUCAUAUGCUAGUUUCUCGUUAUCAACUCCUGGAAAGCUUUUGAAACAAAUGUUGGUUGAGGAGGUCCGGCCACAGUUGGUGGCAGCCAGAGCCGAUGCCUACUUCAAGCACAAGGACGGGACAUUUGGCAGCGUGGUGGCCAAUUUGAGGCUAAAACUACAGUCAGCCUGCAAUCUGUUUGAGUUGCGCAAACAGAUUAUGUGUCAUAUGAGUCCAACCAAUGAAAACAGUGUACGGUUGGGGAGGUCCCUGCUGUACAUGUGCAAAUAUCUCUCAAAUUUUUCUCCUUUGUCUCCGAGCUUGGAGGAGGUAGUAACAACAAGAGGAAUAACAGUGACAACAUCUAAUAGUAAUACGGGUGAAGAGAAGUCAAAGUUGGAGGAGGAUAUAAUAGUGGCGAGGAAUUUUUUAGCAAAAGCCGAUACAAGUCCUGCUGAAGCAGUUGUCCGUGUUAUAAUCGAUGCAUUAUCCAAAAUGAUUGAUGGUCCACUGGAAGAUUAUUUCCCUCCCAAUCCAAGAUGUCACCUAAUUUUAUGUCCGCACUCUUAUGAUGCUAAGAGGCAACUGAUUUUACGUCUGAGCGAAUCCCUCGAGCCGAAUUUCACGCACGUCAAUGUACGAAAUAACAUGAACAACGGCCAUCAAAUCAAGAAAUUGCUGAUGGAGUUUGUGAAGGAGAGGGUUUUUGCUGUUUUCAUGCUCGAUGGAGUUGAGGAUUCGGAUGAUGUCUUCUACAGGAGCCUUCUCGAGAUUCUUGAUAAGGGUGCGCUUGGUGAUGACAGCAGUCAACCCGUUGACUUCCGGAGAGCUAUCUUUAUCCUCACGUCAGAGGCUGCCAACAGGCAGGCAAUUGCUGGCUUCUUUGAUUCUGAUACUAAUACUAACCAGAAAAUUACUACUAAACGAGGUGGAUCUGAGCUGCUUCGGUGGGUUGCGAUGAAUAGGCAACCUCGAGAGAAGAGACGUAAAGUGGAGUCGCUUGCUCGGGUUGAAAUAGUUUCCCACCGUGUUAAGGAGGCGAAAAGAUUUAGGACGGAAUUGCUUAACCGGGUGGGUGAAAUAAUUCUUUUUAACCCGACAAGUUCACGCGAGCAAGGACACAUCCGCAGGCUUUCUAAAUGCAACAGCUUCAACAAAUGCUCCACAACUAAUGCUGUAUCGGUUUCGAGCAUCAUUAGAUUGUUCCAAUGUGGCGAUAGAGACGACGGGUUUUUUGAUUAUUUACAACAACAGUUGUCAUCAUCGCGUGUCAAAUUCCAUUUGUUUGGGAGCGCGGGAGAUAAUUGUGGAGUAGAGGAGACCUGUUCCUCGUACUUCUUAAAUUAUGAAUGA